AUGUUUUAAUAUAUAUAUAAAAUCAGAGUCAGAAUGUGCUCACAUAACAGACUGAUAAAUAUGUUUAUACGCAGACAGAAAUUCUCUCAAAUUUCAGUAUUUUUGUGAACAGGUAUGCUUAGUUGGGAGACAUGGCUGCGAGUGGUCCAGCAGCUUGUGAGCACCAGAGCCGGCUACCCACGGCCAUGCAGGAGGCUGCUCAGGUGCAAUCCGUCGUACAAUGAGUGCAGCAGAUUCUCAACAUUCGAGUCGAGCUACAGACGUGAGAUUUGUUCUGGUGCCAAGCCAAAUAACACACAACGAUCGAUGUGUGACAAAAGUCGUAAGUCUCUGGUAAAGUCAACCGACUCGCCCAAGCUUAGCUUCGGUGGGAAACGCACGCGUCGGUUCCUCGGCUACACCGUCUUUCUGGGCAGCCUCUGCAGCAUCGUGCUGUGGGCGAUCUAUGAGCUGGGCAAGCCCGAGCAGGAUCAGUUUGGACGCAGCAUCGAGGAUGAGCUGAGCUCACUGCCAGUGCUGCAACAAUAUGUGCAGCGGAUGUGGCACUCGUUGCACUACUACCAAAAGAUGUUGGAGGAGCCAACGACCACCAAGCUGCUGCCGGACGUACUCUGUGCGCCGUACAUACAGCCGCCCUACACUCUGGUUCUGGAGAUGCGCGACAUCCUGGUACAUCCCGAUUGGACGUACCAGACGGGCUGGCGCUUCAAGAAACGUCCCGGCGUUGAUCACUUUCUGCGGCAGUGCAGCAAGCACUUUGAAAUAGUCGUAUAUACGGCCGAGCAGGGCAUGACGGCAUUUCCCAUACUGGAUGCACUCGAUCCGAACGGUUACAUAUGCUAUCGACUGGUGCGAGGCGCCACCCAGCUGCUGGAUGGGCAGCACAUCAAGAACCUAAACCAUCUCAAUCGCAAUCUUCGUCGCGUUAUUGUCAUCGACUGGAAUCGUUGCGCUGUUCCGCUGCAUCCGGACAACAUCUUUGCCAUUACCCGCUGGGUGGGCAACGACGAUGAUGUGCAGCUCUUCGACCUGGCUGCGUUUUUGGGACUCAUUGCCGAUCACAAGAUGGACGAUGUGCGCGAAGUCUUGCAUUAUUAUCGUCAGUUCGAGGAUCCCAUCGAGCAGUUCAAGGAGAAUCAGCGCAAACUACUCGAAAUGAAACAGGAGAAGCCAGACUCGAGGUCUCUGAAAUAAAAUGUUGCUAGUAGAAAGAAGAAUCCAAUCCAGUGAAUUUU